AUGUCGACUAGGAAUGACUCUGGUCCAGGAGAUAGAGAAUCUGGUCAUUUUGAUGACGUUGAAAGAGCACCUAUCUUGCCAUCUAAACCCCCUAUGGAGACCAAAGAGAUGGAUGAAAAUAAGAGUAAGAAGGGUCUUGCUGAGAUAUAUGAGGAAGAAUAUGCGCAGAAGACGGGUCUAGCUCCAGCUCUUCUUUCUGCUUCUGAUAAACUUAAGAUUGAGGUAUCAAUGCUAUUCAAAAAGAUUUCCUUAAAGUUGGAUGCACUGUCUCACUUCCAUUUUGCUCCAAAGCCGGUUAUUGAGGACAUGUCUAUACAAGUCAAUGUACCUGCUCUAGCAAUGGAAGAGGUUGCUCCAUUGGCCGUCUCAGAUGCGACUAUCCUUGCCCCUGAGGAGAUUUUUCAUGGAAAAGGAAACAUCAAAGAAGAGGCAGAGUUAACAAAAGAAGAGAGGAAAAGGAGACAGGCCAACCAGAAAAGAAGAUUUAGAUAUGAGGAGAUCUACAUGGACAGUAUUUGCGAGACGUGGUGUUGGACGGACACGUAA